UUGGGCAGUAUAGAAAUGCAAAUGUGAUCGUUGUUCGCCUGGCUCUGGUUCCGUCUUCUCCAUCGCCGCCAUUCCCGAACAACUCGGUUUUCCCAAACAUUAAAAAAAAAAACUAAACGUCGCCCCAACCUGAAGGCCUGCGGUUAAUGAGAGGCCACCUCCCGACAUGAGCAACAAGCAAGCGUUAGGCGGACUCUUGCUCGAGGAGAAGUUUGACGUGGAAGGAGAUCCGGACACGUAUGGACGUACGGAUAGCUAUCGGGUCGCUACUUCUCCUCUUAUGGGGGAGCAAGCGGCUGCUCCCGAGGGUGGAAAGAAAGCUGGUGAGAAGAAACAGGGCAAACGAGCCAAGAAAAAGAAGGACCAGAAGGAAAAAAUGGAAGAACUCAAGCAGGAAUUGGACGUGGACUGGCAUAGAAUCACAGUGGAAGAACUUAUGACUAGACUCGAUACAAAUGUCCAAACUGGUUUGACUGAUGAAGAAGCAGCAAUUCGAUUGAAGCGUGAUGGCCCCAACGCCCUAACGCCACCCCCAACUACGCCGGAAUGGGUGAAGUUCAUGAAGCAGAUGUUUGGUGGGUUCGCCAUGCUGCUCUGGAUUGGUGCUAUCCUCUGUUUCAUUGCCCAGGGCAUCAUGGAGGCAACAGAGGAAGAGCCUCUAAGGGAUAAUUUGUAUCUUGGUAUUGUGUUGGCCUUUGUCGUUAUCGUUACUGGAAUCUUCUCCUACUACCAGGAAUCCAAAAGCUCAAAGAUCAUGGAAAGUUUCAAGAACUUGGUCCCACAAGAAGCCAAUGUGCUGCGCUCUGGCGGCAGGAAGACUGUCGGCGCUGAGAACCUUGUAAUUGGUGAUGUGGUAUCCGUCAAGGGCGGUGACAGGCUUCCUGGGGAUAUCCGUAUUCUUGAGUGCAAGAGCUUCAAGGUUGACAAUUCUUCUUUGACUGGAGAGUCAGAACCUCAGAGCCGUGGUCCAGAUUGCACCCACGAGAACCCCCUAGAGACCAGGAACUUGGCCUUCUUCUCGACAUAUGCUUUGGAAGGCAAUGCCACUGGUGUUGUUGUCCAGACAGGAGACAAUACCGUGAUGGGUCGUAUUGCUAAUCUGGCCAGUGGUUUGGGAUCUGGAAAGACCCCCAUUGCAGUCGAGAUUGAGCAUUUUAUCCACAUCAUUACUGGAGUCGCUGUCUUUCUUGGUGUGACAUUCUUCAUCAUUGCAUUUAUCCUAAAAUACAAGUGGUUAGAAGCUGUCAUUUUCUUGAUUGGUAUCAUUGUGGCUAAUGUCCCUGAAGGUCUCCUGGCAACUGUCACGGUAUGCCUGACUCUCACUGCCAAGCGCAUGGCAUCCAAGAACUGCCUUGUGAAGAACCUGGAAGCUGUAGAGACUCUUGGUAGCACCUCUACCAUCUGCUCUGAUAAGACAGGAACCCUUACACAAAACAGAAUGACAGUCGCUCACUUGUGGUAUGAUAACAACAUUGUUGAAGCUGAUACCAGUGAGGACCAGAAACAGGCAUCUGGAGAGAAGAAAUCCACCACUUGGUAUGCUCUUAGCCGUGUGGCCACUUUGUGUAACAGGGCUGAGUUCAAGGCGGACCAAGAAGAUAAGCCCGUUCUGAAGAGGGAGUGCACUGGUGAUGCUUCAGAAUCUGCCCUGCUGAAAUAUGUUGAGCUGGCCAUUGGCAAUGUCAUCUCUUUCCGUAAAAAUCACAAGAAGGUCUGCGAGAUUCCUUUCAACUCUACCAACAAGUACCAAGUGUCCAUUCAUGAAAUCCCAGAUGAACCAGAACAUGAUAUAGAAGAAGGAUCUGAUGUUGAUGAGAGGGAAAAGAACUCCAAACACAUUCUUGUGAUGAAGGGUGCCCCAGAGAGAAUUCUGGAUCGCUGCUCAACUAUCCUCGUGAAUGGCAAGGAACAAGCCCUUGAUGAUAAAGAGAAGGAGAACUUCAAUCAAGCAUACCUGGACCUUGGUGGACUUGGAGAGCGUGUGCUUGGAUUCUGCCACUUUUAUCUGCCAACUGAACAGUUCCCACUUGGAUUUGAAUUCGACCCUGAAGAUAAUCCCAACUUCCCUCUGGAAGGCCUCUGCUUUGUGGGUCUGAUGUCCAUGAUUGACCCGCCCCGUGCUGCUGUGCCAGAUGCUGUCAGCAAGUGCCGCAGUGCCGGUAUCAAGGUUAUCAUGGUCACUGGUGACCAUCCAAUCACUGCUAAAGCCAUCGCUAAGGGUGUUGGCAUCAUCUCUGAAGGUACUGAGACUGUUGAAGACAUCGCAGAACGUCUCAACAUCCCAGUAGAAGAGGUUGAUGAGACCAAGGCAAAGGCUAUUGUAGUCCAUGGAUCACAGCUAAAGGACUACGACCAAGAAAAGAUUGAUGGCAUUCUAUGCAACCACACAGAAAUUGUGUUUGCAAGAACUUCUCCACAGCAGAAGUUGAUCAUUGUAGAGGGCUGCCAGAGAAUGGGAGCCAUUGUAGCAGUAACUGGUGACGGUGUCAAUGACUCUCCUGCCCUGAAAAAGGCAGAUAUUGGAGUUGCCAUGGGUAUUGCUGGCUCUGAUGUGUCCAAGCAGGCGGCUGACAUGAUCCUUCUUGAUGAUAACUUUGCUUCCAUUGUCACUGGUGUUGAAGAAGGACGUCUCAUCUUUGACAACUUGAAAAAGUCCAUUGCUUACACCCUGACCAGUAACAUCCCUGAGAUCUCACCCUUCCUCAUGUUCAUCAUUUUGGACAUCCCUCUGCCCCUCGGAACCGUCACCAUCCUGUGUAUCGACUUGGGUACUGACAUGGUGCCAGCCAUCUCCCUUGCCUAUGAACAUGCAGAGAAUGACAUCAUGAAGCGUCAACCUCGUGAUCCAAUCAACGACAAGCUUGUCAAUGAAAGGCUUAUUGCUAUGGCUUAUGGUCAAAUUGGCAUGAUCCAGGCAUCUGCCGGGUUCUUCACCUACUUUGUGAUCAUGGCGGAGAAUGGGUUCCGCCCCUCACUCCUGUUUGGCCUGAGGAGACAGUGGGAUGACAAGUAUAACCACUCUGUCGUCGAUAGCUAUGGCCAGGAAUGGGGAUACUCGCAGCGUAAGAUCUUGGAGUACACUUGCCAUACCGCAUUCUUCGUCAGUAUUGUCAUUGUGCAAUGGGCCGAUUUGAUCAUUUGCAAGACCCGUAGGAACUCCCUCUUCACCCAAGGAAUGACGAACAAGUUCUUGAACUUUGGUCUGUUCUUUGAGACCGCCCUGGCAGCCUUCUUUUCCUACACCCCAGGCAUGUCCAAUGGACUGCGCAUGUACCCACUCAACUGGCAAUGGUGGUUCCCGGCGAUGCCCUUCAGCCUUAUUAUCUGGAUCUACGACGAGUGCCGUAGGUGGAUUCUAAGAAGAUACCCAGGAUGUUGGCUGGACAAGGAGACCUACUACUAACCAAGGCGGCCACGCCCCUAAAGCAGGCGGCCGUGGGGUGCUGCAUGGCCUGGUAUUUCAGUCCAAGGCAGCACUUCAUGGCCGUCCACUUUAGGUGGUGGCUACUCGUGGCUAGGUCUAUCCAAUAGGCGGUUAAUAAAUUGCCGCUUCUUUCUAACGUAUCAAUUUCAUAAUAUUAGGGUCCUGUGACCUUGGGGAGCUAGGGGAAUGGCAAGAGUGGGAUUUGGACUGCGGCAUCUGUUAAGGAUGUAUUAGGAACUCUUUGGCCUCACAUAAUCUUAUGGGGAAAGCCACUGGAGCGACGACAAUAGGACCAGACUCCACGCUCUGCCAUCCCUUAGGUUCCCUUGGCCACAUGUUUUUUAAGUGUUUGUGAGAAAUUCGGUAGACGCUGUUCAAUUUUUUUUUUCAAAUUGGCUUGUCCUUUUCAGCGGCAUCAAGCAACUGCUUUGAACCGCGUAAUCGAUUUUGAAUUGAAGGGAAAAAAAGGAAAGAAAAAAAAUCACCGGUAAAAGAACUUUUGAUCGGGAUAUUUCAAAAAUAAUGGUUGAGUCGUACUAAGAGGACACUUGGCUCUCUUAACACAAGUGAAGGCGAAAUUCUCUUGAUCUAGACCUACCAGAUAGGCUUGUAAAAUAUUCCACGGAUCAUUUUAAAUGAAUAAUCCGCACGUUUUUAAUGUACAUUAAGUUAUCAAUGCGUUUGUUCUCUUGGGUUUCUAAUUUUGUGCUGAAAUGAACUAGACACGUCACUAGUUUAUACUAUAUUACGAAGUCUUUUGACCUCCCAACAUUCCCGCUACCACUUUUUUAUACUGAUCCUUGUAUGUGUUUUAGGAAUUAUGUACGCAUUGUUCUAAUAAAGAGCGAAGUUGUGUAUGGAA